AAGGUAGUAGUUCCAAGAGUCUGUGCUAAGAAUGAUCAAGAGGCAAGUGGAAUGGACAUUGGUCAAGAAAGAUGAAGCUGUAGCUGCUAAGAAGAAGAGUGUUGAGACCCGCAAGCUCAUCUUCAAGAGAGCUGACCAGUAUGCUGAGAAGAUAAUGAGUUGAUCCGAUUGAAGAGGGAGGCUAAGUUGAAAGGAGGAUUCUAUUCUUAAAGAACAUUUUCCUACAAUGGAGUACAAACAGAUAAGUAUCUUAAAGAACAUUUUCUUAUUCAUUUCUUUAUCUCUCUAUUGGGUUAGAGUAUACAUGUAGGCUAGGGGAAGAUAGUAUCUUGUCAUAUUAAUUCUUCAUUGCCUACACACAUAAAAUUUCUUGUUGAAAACAAUUUAUAAACAUAGAUUAUCUCA